AUGGGCGACUCGAUCAUCAAGUUUGAUUUGGAUGUUUUUCCUGAAGUUGCAUGUGUGCCAGCAUGCCCCGACGAACUCCGUCCUUAUGUUGGUAAGAAAUUCCAUUCAUUAGAUGAGGGUAUUGCCUUUUAUGAAGGUUAUGGGCGUGAAACUGGUUUCGAUGUGCGUAAAUGUGGAAUCAAAUCUACUAGAGAUGUUGUUAAAUGGCAAUAUCUUGUUUGUAACAUAGAGGGAUUGAAGGUGAGGAUUGAAAUGGAUGAGAUGCAUGCACAAGAGGGUUUUAUAACCAAACGUAGACGCACAUCCAAAAGGUGUGAAUGUAGGGCGCGAAUAUCACUCAAGUAUGUAUCUGAGGUUGGAUUUGUGGGUUAUGUUGUUCAAGAAUUUGUGGAAGUUCAUACUCAUAGUAUGAUUGAACUUCCGUUUAGACGUUACAUGCAUAUUAAUCGUAGGUUGGGUGAAGUACACAUGCGAUUCAUAUGUGACUGCACGAAAGCCAAUAUUGGACCCACCAUGACAUUCAAAUUCUUGAAUGAGUUCUUGGGCGGCUAUGACACUGUGGGAAUCACCGUGGCAGAACUUAGGAAUUAUGUCCAAGGUCUGAAAACUUAUGUCGAAGGUUCUGAUGCACAAAUGUUGUUAGAUGAAAUGGCGAGGAAAAAGAAGGCAUGUCCUGAUUUCACAUAUCACUAUCAGCUUGGGAGUUCAAAAGAGUUAAAAGCGCUUUUCUGGUGCGAUGCAAUAUCUAAGCGGAAUUAUCAACUGUAUGGUGAUGUUGUCUCCUUCGACUCCACAUACAAUACCAAUAGGUAUUGCAUGAUAUUUUCACCCUUCAUGGGCAAGGAUAACCAUGGAAAGCCAGUCACAUUUGGAGCUGCACUCUUAUCCAAUGAGACCACAUAA